AUGGGGAGUCUGCACAAUACCGAAAGCUUUGCACAUCGCUACCGGUCGAGCCACAGCGUUCAUCACUACAAACCAUUACUACCGAACGAUCGACGGAUGGGACCGCUACGGAAAAAGAAAACCCGCUUCAAGGUGCUGCUGAUGAUGGGUACCGUGUUCGCCUGUUUGCUGUACGCGAUCGAACGUCCGUUCUGGUGGGACUAUGACGCACUGGAGGCCCCACUCUGGAACGAAGCGCUGGAAACGCGUGACGACGAGCAGCACUUCAACUACAACAGCUCGUACUUUGUCAACACGGUCGGUUGCAAGAUGCCGAGCUUUCCGGUCACGAACGACCGGAUACAGAAGUUUAUCGAGCGCCCGGAACCGAUCGAGUGUGUGCCGGCACUGCUGGAAGCGGACGAACGGUGGAUCUGGUUUCAGCUGUCGGCGGAGGACAUCGAGCGCCAUUACAACGUGACGAACGCGAGCCUGAUCCAGUGCUGUGUACGGCCGUUCGAACGGUUGACCGAUCAGGAGGAGCACCAGAUCGGUAACGAGAGCUGUUUCGAUUAUCCGGAACGGUUUACCGUGCGGGAGGAAGAGUUCGUGAUGGCCAACUGUCACCAUGGCGGAACGAAGGAUCCAUUCUACUGGGAUUACUUUGCGUUCGUGCCGUGGAAGAAAUCUGUCGAGCGGAGGUUACGAAACCGGAAAGAUCACCACCAGCAGGAAGAUGCCACUUCCAUAGGUGAUCAACAGCAGCUGAAUGUGAUGAUACUGGGCAUAGAUGCGGUUUCGAGAUUGAAUUUACACCGCCAAAUGAAUCAGACAACCGAUUAUCUACUCAACACCUUAAACGGCAUUGAGAUGUUCGGGUACAACAAAGUGGGCGACAAUACAUUCCCCAACAUGGUACCGGCCCUGACCGGGCUGGACAUCGAGGAGCUCGGUGCAGCAUGUCUUCCAAACGCCAGCAGUACCUUUGACCUGUGUCAGUUCGUGUGGAACAAAUUCGCCGCGGCGGGCUAUCGGACGGUGUACGCCGAGGAUAGUUCGGCGAUGGCCACGUUCAACUACGGCAAGAAGGGCUUCCAUCGGCAACCGACUGACUACUACCUGAGAAACUUUUUUCGCCAGAUGGAAUCGAGCGUGGGGUACAAUAAGAAGCUUAACGCCAAGCUAUGUCUGGGCGGUCGGAAUCCUACCCGCGUGCUGUUGGAUUACGCUCGCAAGCUGGUGAAAACGUUCGGUGCGAAGGAACCGGUGUUUUCCCUGCUGUGGGCCGUCGGCAUGACGCAUGAUUUCUUCAACAAUCCCUCACUGAUCGAUGACGACUACCGGCAGGUGUUGGAGUUCAUGAACGAACAGCAGCAGCACUAUCUCAACCGGACGGUGCUGAUCUUGAUGAGUGAUCACGGCAUCCGGUGGGGAUCGUUUCGGAACACUUACCAGGGCAUGAUGGAGGAAAGGCAACCGUUUCUGAUCUUCGUACUGCCGGCCUGGUUCCGGGCGCAGUACCCUUCCGCUUUCCACAACCUUCGCCGGAACCGGUUGCGGUUGACGACGCACUUCGAUCUGUACGAGACGUUGAAAGAAUUCCUGGAUCUCUCCGGUCUGUCGACGGAAUCGAUUCGUGAGCGGACGGAGGAGUUGCUGGAAGCCAGACCCAUCCCGAGAGGUAUCAGCCUGUUUCUGCCGAUUCCGGCCACGCGGACGUGUGAGGAUGCUGGAAUUGCGCCGCACUGGUGUACCUGUCACGAUCACAAGGCGCUAGCGAAGAACGAUCAUCAGGUGAUACAGGCGGCGCGGUUUGCGGUCGACCGAGUGAACCAUCUGCUGCUGGAGUACCCGCAGUGCAGUGUGCUGCAUCUGAACUCGAUCGAGGAUGCGAGCGUCGGUAUGUCGCCGGAGAAUAUUACCGCCAAGCACAAGUUCAGCGACAUCAGCGUGCGGUUCGUUACGAAACCGGGUGAUGGGGAGUUCGAGGCAACGGUGCGGAUCGAUUCCAACAACGAUAGCUUCCUGACCGGCACGGUUAGCCGCACCAAUCUGUACGGCAAGCAAAGCUUCUGUGUCGACGACUAUCGGCUCAAGCUGUACUGCUUCUGUGGUCGGUGA